AUGACUUAAAAUCUACAAGACUAUGCAUAAUAAUUAGUGAAUAUCUCAAUAUCAGAUGAGGAAGAUCUAGUCAAUUGUUCACCUAUAAGAUAAUCAAAUUAUUAGACUGUUGUAACCCAAGGUUAACCUUCUGCAAAAAAAUCAAUAGCAAAUUCAGUUAAGGGUUAAGCAAAAUCUACUACUUCAAAAACAACUAAAAGUAUUAUAUUAAUCUAUAUUUUAAGAACAAAGUGGAGUUAAGUCAACCAAAGAUAAAACAAAAGAAAUGAAAGAAUAAUUUGAGGAGUAAGCUAAAUAACUAAAAUGGUAUUAAGAAGAAUACUAAAGAUUAAAAGAUCAAAAGAAAUAAUUAAAGGAGGAGAAGACUUAAUAUGUAUUUUAAUCAAUCUUAUGUUUAUAAUAGCUACUAACGAUCNGGGAUUAAAAUUCAAGGCCAUUUUAUUAUUAAUCAAUAAUUAAGUUUCUUUAUAAAAUGAAAAAUUGGAUGAUUUUUCUAUAAAAUCAAUUAAUUGCAAGUAAGGUGAAACUUAGCUUGAUAAAGUGGUCAAAGGGGCCAUCAAUUAUUUAUUAAAAUCCUUUGAUAGCAUAAUAAAUUAAUAAUGCACUAAAAAAAUAGCUUAAUUCUUUAAAGAAGAGUAAUGGAAGAAAAUGAUUCCUCGAUAAAUACCUGAAAUAAAUACAAUAGAUAUAAAAGAUUAGGAUUAUUUGAACAUAGUGUUUACUAUUUCUACAUCAGAACUAUUAGCUAAAAUAUAAAACUCAUAAUCUUGA